AUGUACACUCCUCCUAAGAUAUCAGUCAGAGACGCAAUGGACAUGUUAGAUGAUAGAAGAGUGAAAUGCACCAGACCGUUGAUACCACCUCAAAUCUUGCUUGAAGAGCUCCCUCUUUCUCUCAAAGGUGCUCAGACGGUAUUAGAUGGACGAAGACAGGUAGAAGCAGUCGUAAAAGGAGAUGAUGAUAGACUUUUGGUGGUUGUUGGACCCUGUUCGGUUCACGAUCCCGCUCAAGCCAUAGAAUACGCUAAGAAAUUAGCUGAAUACGCUCAAGAAGCUAAAGAUGAUCUAAUGAUUGUCAUGAGAGUUUACUUCGAGAAACCUAGAACAACAGUAGGAUGGAAAGGAUUGAUCAACGACCCCGAUAUGAACGGUACCUACCAGAUCAACCGAGGUCUCAAACUUGCCCGAAAACUCUUAUUGGACAUCACAGAAUUAGGUUUACCUACCGCUGGAGAAUUCUUAGAUGUCAUCUCACCUCAAUACCUUGCUGAUCUAAGUUCGUGGGGUGCCAUUGGAGCCCGAACGACUGAAUCUCAAGUACAUCGAGAGUUAGCGAGUGCUCUGUCUAUGAGUGUAGGAUUCAAGAAUGGUACUGACGGCUCAAUCGAUAUCGCCGUAGACGCCAUCAAAGCCGCUGGAUCGGGUCACACCUUCUUAUCAGUCACCAAACAAGGUCUUUCAGCUAUUGUCGAAACUGAGGGCAACAACUCCACUCACGUUAUAUUGAGAGGAUCAUCGAAAGGACCUAAUUACGCUGCUGAACAUGUUCUGUCGGCUGGUGAGAAGUUGAAAAAGGCUGGAUUGCCCGCUAAGAUCAUGAUUGACUGCUCUCAUGGUAAUUCAUCGAAACAACACAUUAAACAAAUUGAAGUAGGACAUGACAUUUCAUCUCAAAUGUCAUCCGGAUCAACUUCGCAAAUGAUCAUGGGCGUCAUGAUCGAAUCGAACAUCAACGAAGGUAAACAGAGUGUACCUCCCGAAGGACCAUCAGGUUUGAAAUACGGUGUAUCGGUCACCGACGCAUGUAUCUCUUUGGAACAGACUAUACCAUUGUUGGAUGAAUUGAGGAAAGGUGUACAGGUCAGAAGAGAGAAUGUGAGGAAUAAACAUCUGAAUGGGGAAUAA